CGACACAUGUGUGAACGGAGGCUGACAGACAUGCACUCUCUGAACCUUGUCUAAAUUUACGUCCCCCUCAAGCUUAAGGCCACCACCGUCGAAGCUGACGAAACCAUAGCGCCAUGUCCAAGGCCGUCGUACCCAAGCUCUUUCAGCCUGUAAAGGUCGGACAGCACUGGCUUGGACACCGAGUAGUCCUCGCACCCCUCACGCGCUACCGUGCAAACAAGGCGCACGUCCAUGGCGACCUCGCGGUCACGUAUUACGGCCAGCGCGCGACUGUACCAGGAACCCUCCUCAUCUCAGAAGCGACAUUUAUCUCGGCAAAGGCAGGAGGAUUCGACAACGUCCCAGGAAUUUGGAACGACGAGCAAGUGGCCGGAUGGAAGCGGGUCACCGAUGAAGUUCACGACAAGGGGUCGCGCAUAUUCUGCCAGUUCUGGGCUCUCGGCCGCGCGGCAACUUCAUCAGUAUUGGAUAGAGAAGGCCUCCCAUACGUUAGUUCGGGAGACAAGAUCCUCACCGGGCGAAAGCGUAACCCAAGGCCCUUGACCAUUCCCGAGAUCAAGGAGUAUAUUGAUAUGUACCGCAACGCUGCACGUUGUGCCGUGCUCGCGGGCUUUGACGGGGUCGAGUUACACGGCGCGAACGGGUACCUCAUCGACCAGUUCACCCAGGAUGUGACGAACAACCGCACGGACGAGUACGGCGGUUCCGUCGAGAACCGAUGCAGGUUCGCGUUGGAGGUCAUCGAUGCGGUCGUCAGCACGAUCGGGGCCGACAAGACAGGCAUCCGCUUGAGCCCCUGGGGCCAAUUCCAAGAUAUGCUCAUGGACGAUCCCAAACCUACCUUCUCCUACCUUGUGUCCCAGAUCGCGGAGCGGCACCCAGACUUUGCGUACAUCCAUGUCGUGGAGCCGCGCGCUCAGGGCAACGUCGACCGUGACGUGCAGCCGGGUGAGAGCAACGGCUUCUUGCGGGACAUCUGGAGGCCGCGUGCAUACAUUUCCGCUGGUGGCUAUAGCCGCGAGACGGCAUUCGAGGACGCGGACAAAUACGGCGACCUCAUUGCGUUCGGUCGUUUGUUUAUUCCCAACCCCGACCUGCCCCUGCGCCUUGCGAAGGACCUCCCGAUCGUGGAAGGCGGCCGCGACCUGUACUAUCUGCCCGAGGAGCCUCACGGCUACAUCGACUACCCCUUCUCGGACGAUCCUAAGGCUAAUCUGUGAUUUGAAUGGUUGUAGAAGGAUGCGUAGAAGAAUCUGCAUAGACGCGAUGAUUGGAACUUGUGUGUGCUGUAUAUUCAUUUCUGGUGCUACUGCGAUAACAAGCGGCGCGGGGUGGCUGAGGUUUUGGCGUUUCGAGCGAUCCCAAUGGUUCAGGUGCAAUACACGUUGCUACAUACGCUCAAGCUAUCAGAGGCGGUGUCAUAUUAGGUGGACUGCUUCACUGACUCCGAUAGAAACCUUGCACCGCUACGUCCAUAACAGAUUUGCAACUCCUCCGAACCAGGCACUCCCGUCACUGGCGAAGCCAUCCACUGCGGCUCGUCGGUCGUCUUUACAGCCAUCUACGUGGUUCCAUUGUU